AUGUUUAAUUAUACGAAGAGAGUUAUUGCAUAUUGGUGUAGAAUUAUAAAAGAAAACUAUACACUCGCCACAAAAGAGCCACAACCUGAAGAGGAUCCUUCAGUUUCAGCACGACUUCGACGACUAGAAUCAGAUUAUAACCAGCACGGCAUGAGACGAUCUGUAGAAGCAGUAUUGGUUGUUCAUCAACAUAAUCAUCCUCAUGUUCUCAUGUUACAAAUUGCCAAUUCAUUUUUUAAACUGCCCGGACACUACCUGGAACCAGGAGUAGAUGAAGUGGAAGGACUAAAAGAAAUUUUAAAUAAGAGACUUGGACCUGAAGAUCCUUCAGAAUGGGACAGCAAGAAUGAUUGGACAAUUGGUGAAUGUCUAUCAACUUGGUGGAGACCAAAUUAUGAAAACUAUAUGUAUCCAUAUAUCCCAGCUCAUGUUACCAGUCCAAAAGAAAAAAAAUCGCUCUAUAUAGUACAUCUUCCACCAAGCAAAGUACUCUCUGUGCCUAAAAAUAUGAAAUUAUUAGCAGUACCCUUGUUUGAACUUUACGAUAAUUCGGCGCGUUAUGGAGCACAACUGUCGACUAUAGCACAUUUGUUAAGUAGAUACGAGUUUAUAUAUGAAAAACAAUAA